UGCCCUGGAGAUGGGUUUGGAAUGCUAUAAAAACCAUCUGCUGCAAACAAAACUUCCAGUUCCCAUCCUUCAACCUCUGAGCUCAUCAGUGCCAGAUUGAAGACAUUUUGCAAGAUGCGUGAGUGCAUUUCUAUCCAUGUAGGCCAAGCUGGUGUUCAAAUUGGCAAUGCAUGCUGGGAGCUGUAUUGUCUGGAGCAUGGCAUUCAGCCAGAUGGACAAAUGCCCAGUGAUAAAACUAUUGGUGGUGGGGAUGACUCCUUUAAUACUUUCUUCAGUGAAACUGGAGCGGGGAAGCAUGUGCCUCGGGCUGUCUUUGUGGAUCUGGAGCCCACAGUGAUUGAUGAGGUUCGGACUGGAACGUAUCGCCAGCUUUUCCACCCAGAACAGCUGAUCACUGGAAAGGAAGAUGCUGCCAAUAAUUAUGCUCGUGGACACUACACAAUUGGAAAGGAGAUCAUUGAUUUGGUGUUGGACAGGAUCCGGAAGCUGGCUGACCAGUGCACAGGUCUCCAGGGAUUCCUUAUCUUCCACAGCUUUGGGGGAGGCACUGGCUCAGGGUUCACUUCUUUGCUGAUGGAACGUCUCUCUGUUGACUAUGGCAAGAAGUCCAAGCUAGAAUUCUCCAUUUAUCCAGCUCCACAGAUCUCCACAGCUGUAGUGGAGCCCUACAACUCCAUCCUCACCACACACACCACCCUUGAGCACUCAGACUGUGCUUUCAUGGUGGACAAUGAAGCUAUCUAUGAUAUCUGCCGCAGGAACCUGGACAUCGAGCGUCCAACUUAUACAAACCUGAACAGGCUGAUUGGCCAGAUUGUCUCCUCCAUCACAGCCUCCUUACGUUUUGAUGGUGCCCUCAAUGUAGAUCUAACAGAAUUCCAGACUAACCUAGUGCCGUACCCUCGCAUCCAUUUCCCUCUGGCCACUUACUCUCCAGUCAUCUCUGCAGAGAAGGCUUAUCAUGAGCAGCUUUCAGUGGCUGAGAUCACAAAUGCUUGUUUUGAACCUGCUAACCAGAUGGUGAAAUGUGACCCCCGUCAUGGCAAAUACAUGGCCUGCUGCCUUUUAUACCGAGGUGAUGUGGUGCCCAAAGAUGUCAAUGCUGCUAUUGCCACCAUUAAAACAAAGCGCAGCAUUCAGUUUGUAGAUUGGUGCCCCACAGGCUUCAAAGUAGGAAUUAAUUACCAGCCCCCCACUGUGGUUCCUGGUGGAGACCUAGCCAAGGUGCAGCGAGCAGUAUGCAUGUUGAGCAACACCACAGCCAUUGCAGAGGCCUGGGCCCGCCUGGAUCAUAAGUUUGAUCUGAUGUAUGCCAAACGGGCCUUUGUGCAUUGGUACGUAGGGGAAGGCAUGGAAGAAGGGGAGUUCUCUGAGGCACGAGAAGACACGGCUGCCCUGGAGAAGGAUUAUGAAGAGGUGGGGACAGAUAGUAUUGAUGGAGAAGGAGAAGAAGAGGAAGGGGAUGAAUAUUAGCAAAGCAUUCUUGUAUGGGGGAAAUUAAAAUAACAAUUGCUUUAGCUAUCAGGUAGUCACUUCCCAAAAUAAAAUAUUAACUAUGUCACAGAACUGUGGCUGAGUUUUCUUGCUAACUUACAAUUUAAUCAGACUUUCCUUGCCACGUAAUCACCUGGCUUUUAAAAAUAAGAGCAAUCUUGACUCUUGAAGGUUACUGCCUCCAUUCAGAUGGCACAUCCCUCUUGGGUGACCUGGUCAAAGUGGAAUAAUGAACACAGAACCUUGGCAAUUGCAGUUCUAGAUAAGUCUCCCUGUCUGAAUUGUAAGAGAGGCAAAUAUAGAGGCUGAAAUACUGGGCUAAAAUUAUCUUUUUCUGGUACAGUUUAAGAGUAUACGACAAACACCUUUGACACUGCAGGGUGGUGCCAUGCUAUCCAGAAAUUCAGUUCUAAGCAGAGGCAACCAAUGGCAAAUUCACUCUGGGGUUUAGUUUGAACCUGAAAGCACAUAUCCAAGGUAGAGAAAGGUGCUGAUCCUAUUUGUGAGAGCUUGGGUAGCUCCUUUAAAGUUCUGAGCAGAAGCUACAACACAUGAACUGUCCCACUGAUUUGGAACUUACCAGCCUCUGCUGGUUCAAAUAAAGCACUGUACCACCUAAACUUUCCUGAUGGAUUUGCUGAUUACUAUUAAU